AUGAUUGAAAGCAAAGUCAGAAGCUUGCAGUAUAUUUCGGAGUUCCCUCAAAUUACAGACCUAUUCGAUGUCUCUGAACGACAAGGACAGGGUACAUUUGCCUCUGUCUUAGCAGUCAAAAGUAAACAAGAUCCUGAUGAAUCCAAAUAUUAUGCUUUGAAAAUGAUUAUCCCAACAGUCGAUGUUCGUAGGAUUGAGAAUGAAAUUCGUAUUCUGAGAAGAUUGGGUGGUAAGCAUAAUGUAAUUCAAAUGCAUACAGCAAUGCGGAUUCGUGAUCAUGUGUUCAUCUUAAUGCCUUUUAUUGAUUACAUCCCUUUCACAGACUAUUAUCUAACUGCAGAUGAGAAAGAAAUCAGACGAUAUAUGCGCGCACUCCUUUCAGCUUUAGCUCAUGUUCAUAAAUACAAAGUAAUUCACCGUGAUGUAAAGCCUACAAACUUUCUUAUGGAUCAAAAAACGAAACAAUUUUUUCUCGUAGAUUUUGGUCUGGCACAUUCUGAAGAGUUUGGUGAUAUUGAUGAAAGAUGGGAGCGCAAAUUUGAAAUCAACUCUGAUUCAGAUACAAAGAAAAAUGAAUUAAUGAAAAGAGUUUCAAGUUUUUCUCGGACAAAUCUUAACAUAUCAGAGAAUAACCAGCGUGUAAAUUAG